AUGCCCAGCCACGGAUAUAUCAUCAACCAAUUUCUGUCGCCCAAGAUCAACAAGCGAACAGCCGAGUAUGCAGGAAGCCUGGAAAAUCGGGCACGGUUCAUCUUGGAGAUUGUCAAUGCGAUCAAGGCUAAACUUCCCUCGGACAAGUUCGUGAUAGCAGCGAAGCUAAACUGCCAAGAUUUCAUCGAGGGAGGCCAAAGUUUUGCUGAGCAAUGUGCUGUGAUAAAAUGGCUAGAGGAUGCUGGCGUGGACUUCUUCGACAUUUUGGGGGGAACCUAUUCCUCUCCUGCAUGGCGUGGCAACAUCAUGACUGAGCUGGCAGAGCGUCCAUCCCAGAAAGAGUGUGGAAGGCGAAGCUACUUCAUUGAGUGGGCGCAGGAGCUGAAGAAGGUCCUGUCUCGGGCUGUGAUUGGAACUACUGGUGGUUGGCGGGAUAGCCAUCGUAUGUCGGAGACUGUGGAAACCGGAGACAUCGACAUGUGUGGUUUGGGUCUACCUCUCCGAGAAGAUCCAGACUUUGUGAACAAGGUGCUUCGUGGGGAGAUUCGCAGGAGUAACUUGUAG